GUUGAAUCUCAAUGAAUUAUCAAGUCGAAAAAUUUGAUAUUUCCAUUCCAUUCCAUUAUCUAUCACAGACAAUAUUUUAUCUUCACGCGUGAAUUACAAAUGAGUUAUGGGGAAUUUACUAGUACAGGCAAUAUUUCCUCUCAUAAUAAUUUUACUGAGUGCAAAGUCAGUGAUUAAUUCAGCGAACGAGGUAGAUAAAUACACAUUUGGCGCAGCUGUUGUCGAGUAUCAUCCAGUAGAUAACUCUUCUCUCACCCCAGAAGAGAGGCUUGAAGCAAGAACAAAAAGUUUCAUCGAUCUCUUGAAGAAAGUUGAACUAGAUUUGGAUAUUAUAGUAUUUCCAGAAUCGGUAUUAACACCAUUUGUAAAUGAAACAGAAUUUUACAGUGAAGUGCCUAAACCUUUCGAAGUGAUUCUUUGUAAUUCAACUGACAAAAGAUACAAGGAUUAUUUAAAGGAAUUAUCAUGUGCUGCAGUCAAAUACAACACUACGAUUGUUAUCAAUACUGUGGAGAAAGAAAACUGCACUUCAAACAAUUCCACAGGAUUUUGUCCCUCAUCGGGAAUCGUUUUAUAUAAUACCAACGUAGCGUUUGAUGGAAACGGAUUUGUUUCUGGCAGGUAUCGCAAGUGGAAUUUGUAUGGAGAAUAUCAACUUAGUGUACCACCAACUGCAGAACUGGUAACGAUAACUACCAAAAAUAAUAAUACUUUUGGUAUAUUCACAUGUUUCGAUAUACUAUUCAAUGUUCCUGCUCUGAACUUAACGAGAGAUCUGGCGAUUAAGAAUAUCAUUUUUCCAACCCACUGGUUUUCGGAACUGCCAUAUUUAACAGCUCUUCAAACUCAACAGAUGUGGGCGCAUGAAAAUAAUGUGAAUUUACUUGCUGCUGGUGGUAAUAAUCCCAGAAGUGGGUCUGGUGGAAGUGGUAUUUUUAUCGGUAAGUUUGGUUUAGGCCUCAUUCAACUACACGAAACACGUGACUUGGAAUCUACCACUGCGUUCAUUGGAGGAGUUGGAGGAACAAUCGCAAUUGCUAAAAAAGUUCCUAGACUCGACAUUCCAAAUAAUCCUUAUUUGAAUAUGACUCCAAUUGAUGAAAAUGUUAAUGAGUUGGCUAAGAACUUGGAUAGUGUCAAGCUCAUAGUUGAUAAAACUUUGAACAGUAAGUAGUUGAAGUGAAGAACA